CGUCCAGCACCAUCGCCGGAUGAUCCUGUAGCCUCUCCCGCGCUGCUCUGGGCGCAAAAUGCCACAAUGUACCACGGCUCCAAGUCAAAAUCCCAUCAAUGGGGCAGCUGGUCCGACUGGGUUCUGGACGAGCAGCACCGCCGCUACUAUCGCUUUCGCCAGGAUUCCGAAGGGAAUUACGACUAUGACUGGGACCAGCGCGACUCGGCCGCUGCCGCUCAUGCCCAGACGCCACGAGACACCACGAUCAACGACAUAACGGAGGGCCUCAAGGGCCUCACCACCGACUACGAUGGCUCAAUACCCGAAGAGCAUCUGCCGAGCUCGAGACAUGGCCGGCCCAAGAGCAAGCACAAAUACCGGACGGGCUCUCGCGACGAGGACUCGGCUCAACGUGCCUACAGAACCUCGACCACGGAUUCUUUACAUGCGGCCCAGGCGGGGCAGUACGAGUACAUGGGGAGUCAAUAUGUCCACGGAUCAUCCGAAGCGCAGUACUAUCAGCGGUCGACAUCAGAAUCCCAGUCGGCUCCUUCAUACGGCAGGGAGAAUCGAUCAGCUGACCGACCAAUACACGGGUACGACGAGCGAAAUCACUACGACGAGCGGAAACAUAGUCCUGACCAAGAACCGGAAGACGACGAGUUGGCAGACACCAUUGCGGCGAGCCAGCAGUACAAUUACAACGCAUAUGCAACUGCUGGGGAGUCAUCGGCCUCGGCUUAUGCUCAAUAUGACGAAGACGAGGACGAAGGUCCGCCGACGCCAAAGGCGCAGUCAAGUGCAGGGAGCUACCACAUCACGGCUCUCGAGGAGCCAUUGGAGGAACUGGAUCCCCGUUACAGAGUUGAGCCUUCCAGCAAGUUUCAGCCAGGCGAGAUAUUCAAAGUUCAUUGGUCAGAGCCGCAAGGUGCCAGCUCCGAAAGCGCCCCAAGCGUGUCAGGCAAGCACGAGAUCCAGAAUCGAUUUGGAACCAAGUUUUUCGUUGGCUUCCGGCGCUUUAUUGUGAUAGCAAACGAUCAGGGUCAUUGCACCUGCGUACCGAUUCUAACGUACGGCGGCAAAGGCUGCAAGAAGAAAGGUGUCAAGGCUGACAAACACGGCAUCAUUUACGAGCGCGGCAGCAAGCCGCGAUUACUUGACAAGGAGCCCAAGCUAGGAUUCCCUCCCGUGAGAGUCGAUAUGAAGGAAGAGGGCGAGAAGCUGUCCAAAGAGUCCCGCGUCAACUACUCAAAGCUCGUCACCGUGGAACACAACGUCAAGGUGUUUUUCAUUGGGUCGAUCGUGUACGCUGACUGGGAUCUCGUGAGCGAUGCCGUCAACCACUGCUGGAACAAGAAGAACCAUCAAAAGCAGAGGCAUCGGUAG